AUGAAAUUCAUCAUACAAUUAUAUUACUUGUUAAAUAAGAAAUAUAAUAAUGGAUUAAAUUUAAACUUAUUAUAAAUUGAUAAAAGAAUUAAAGCUUAUAGACAUGAUUCUUAAGAAACAAUUAAAUAUAAUUACAUAUCAAUUAGAUUUAAGAAUCUUAUCAUAUAAAGUAUUCUUUAAUUGAUCUAUGAAUUUAAUUUUUGCAUUAAUUAUUCUUUAUAAUAAUUGCACAUAUUAUUGGAUUUCUAAGAGAAAGCAUUAAAUAGAUGUGCAAUAUAAUUAGAAGAUGGACAUAAUAAUGCAGAUGAUAUGGCAGAGAAAUUUUGUUGA